GUCAAGAACUUCAAAAAAUAUUUGUUUGAAAUUUGCUUCGCUAACGACUGUAGAUCUCAUAGGCUCGCAAUGGCAUAUCCUGGACUGUAUCCAGAUUAUGUACACGCAUUAGCGGCUGCCACACAAGCUGCUUCUCUAGCGGGAGGUGGUCAUCAUACCCAGCAUCAGCCACCGAAAAGAAAAAGGCGUCAUCGUACUAUCUUCAGUGAAGAGCAGCUCGAGCAACUAGAAGCAACUUUCGAGCAGACUCAUUAUCCAGAUGUCGUGCUAAGGGAGCAACUUGCUCUUAAGGUGGAUUUGAAAGAGGAAAGAGUUGAGGUGUGGUUUAAAAACAGACGAGCAAAAUGGAGGAAACAAAAAAGGGAGGAGCAGGAGCGACUCCGAAAAGUUCAGGAGGAAGACGUGUGCAGUAGGGCGGCUACCAGUGACCAGAAUCAUCUCAUAGCGUCUCAGAACUUUACCGAUGACGAUUCAUCCGAUCUUGAAGUCGCAUAGUUCUGAAUAGCUUCGAAAAAUCUCUUUAUCUAGUCAAUGAAAUUGUUUUUGUAUAUAUUUCUGUUUAAGUUUGUUUAGGUUUUUUAUAUAGACAACAAUUGUUUCCUGAGGAAAUCCGCAUCCAUUUUAUUAUUAUAAUUUGUGGC